AUGGCUUCUCCAAGAGUAUCAACGGAGCCCACCAUCAACGAGAAACCCAGAAGGUCUUUCUUUGGUGGCAACAGAAAUGCUAAACAGCCUGUAAUGGGUACUGGUACUGGCAACGGUGUUGGACAAGGUACACUUGGAAAUACCGAAGCUGGAUAUAGUCAUGAACAAGGACAUGGUCAGUACCCACCCGGUAACGGACACGGAAACGGUCAAUAUGGUGGUAACACUCGACAAGGUGGUUUUACCCAUGAUUUCAAGUUUGGUACUUGGAUCAAAUUACAUCUCGUUGAUUUGAUCACCAUGGCUGCUAUGGGUGCCAUUGGAUUAGGUGUAUACGAAGCUGAUCCUGCCCCUACAAGAAGUUUCCCUGUUUAUAACGUCGACGGAUCAGUUGCUUAUCCCGAAUUCGCUUAUCCAUACCGUAAAAACAUUAUCCCCAUUUACGCUGCCGCUUUGAUCGCCUUUUUCGUUCCAUUCGUAUUCUUCGCUCUGUUCCAAAUCAGAAUUAGGAAUCUGAAUGUCUUCCUGGGUACUACCUUGGGUUUAUUGGAGAGUCUGAUAACCGCAGCUGUGUUCCAAGUAUUCCACAAAUGGUUGAUUGGUGGAUUGAGACCUCACUUCCUCGACGUCUGCAAACCCGAUGUUUCUCAACUGGUUCAAUCAGGUAACGGGUUCAGACAGAUCAUGUAUGACCGAUCAAUCUGUACUGGUGACGUGGAUGAUAUCAAUGAUUCUCUUGAGAGUUGGAUGUCUGGUCAUUCUACUGCUGCUUUUGCUGGUUUUGUUUAUCUUUUCUUCUACUUCAAUGCUCAGCUCAAGGUCAUGUCCGACCACCGACCUGCAUUCUGGAAGAUGAUCCUCACCAUCGCCCCUCUCCUCGGUGCCAGUUUGAUCGCCGCUUCUUUGACUGUAGACGAGUACCACAACUGGUACGACUGUGUCGGUGGAGCUGUAGUUGGUACUCUCACUGCUAUCGUCGCAUACAGAAAGACAUUUGGAGCACUUUGGGACUUCCGUUUCAACCAUAUUAUGCUUCCUCGAUCAACUUCCCUUUUCCAUCGAACUGCCGUAAAUGGUGAAGUCAGCACUUCUAGGUUCUCUUAUACACCUCAAGAAAGUAUGGUUCAAAGACCAGUCGCUGCUGAAGGUGGUUGGAGAAGAGACUGGGGUAGUGCAGGAGCACCAAGUGACGCUACUGCCAUGAUGGUUUAG